CGUGUGUGUGUGUGUGUGUGUGUGUGAGACAUUUGUCUUAUCCCAGUAGGAUGUUAAUUUACCUGUCGCCUGUUGUCAUGAAUUAACUGGCGUCUAUAUAAUUUUAUAAUAGCAGAUAAGAAAUUGAGGGAACAAAUGAGAAACUAAUGAGGAACUAACUGAUAGUUCACUAUUAGUUAAUGAAUAAAUCCUAAACCCCCCUUUUUUAUAGAGUGAUUAGUUUAUAAAGAGACAAAUGAGGACAACUUGAUAAUAGACUAAUCGUUGAAUGGAUUAACUCCUGCUGGGGGCAAAUGGAGGAUAAUUAUGAUUUACUAGAGAACAGACUGGGAGAUCCUUUAUAGAUGAAUCAUUAAUAUUAUAAUAAUAGUUUUGGGAGACUUAGAUGAGCAAUGAGCAAUGUUAAGAUUCAUCAUAAAAGGGACACACGUUCAUUGCUGUUUCACCCAAAGGGAAUUAUGUUUAAGCAUCGGUAUCAUUCAGCAUCAUCAUGGGGUUUAUUCUUCACGGGUAUAGACUAAAUAGAGCCACGUGACCAUGGACGUACUCACGUCUGCCCUCCUCGCGGCUGCCUCUGCCUGCACGCACGCACUUGAAAAGGGGUCGUGACGUCACACCCGACUCGGGGAGUGCUCUGGUUUGUAUAAACACACCGGAAGUCACACGUCAAACAUUUUUUGUUUCGCUGCGGUUUUAGACGUGGUAUUUACACGCUUGUAAAAACAAACGAUUAAAGAGAAGAAGAAAAAAACUAAAAACUAAACAAACAAAAUAAAAAACAUACUCGCGCGUUGCCAUGACAAUCGGCGCAACAAGGGUUUGUUGUCAUUAGAAACCACACUAGCGUUUGCCUUUGGUCAGGGGUUAGCUGUAUGCAAACGGGCCGACUAAAACACGGAUAUCGUUUAACUAACUAAUAUCUAUAACGCCUUUAACUACUAAAAAAACGAUGGACUCGAAUUCGUUAUUCUAUUCUUUGGACCUGGUGGCCGGUAACGGGUGCACGUUGAGCGUGGAGCACAGAGCCGCCCUGCAGACCUCCAUGGUGCUCCUGAAGAAAAACUACAAGUUCCACCGAGUCCUGCUCUGGGGCAAAAUAUUCGGAUUGAAUAAGGAUUACUUCAUCGCUCAGGGCAGAGGAGAAGACGAGAUGCUGGAUAAAAAGAACCUCUACAGCUUCAACUGCAUGGACUGGUUCCUGCUCCCCAGUGCCACAGACUCCAUGGUCGAAGAGGUGUCCAUCGCCGCGAAGAGGCGCUUCAUCGGAGACCCGUCUUUCGUGUACGAGCGCCUGGAGACGAGUGAAGGACAGGAUGGUGCCGUGGAGAGCGAAGUAGUGGCCACAGUCAGCGAGGAGACGCGGCUCGCGGUCGCGGUCCACCAGAUUGACGAGGAAGCGUCCGUGGUGCCGCGCGGCGCCUUCGUCAAAAGCCCACGCGGCCUGGUCCACGUCAACCGCAGCUUCGGUGGUUUGUCCCACUCAGAAGCAAAGAAGCUCGACAACUUCCUUCACUUCAGAAAGGCAAAGAACCCGAAUCAGAAAAGCAUCCUGGAAAGGGGCGAUUUGAGUCCAGCCAUCGACUUCCUGGACGCGCUGAGCGGCGACAUCCCGAAAGGAUCAUGGAGUCUUCAGUACGAAUGUGCCGGCAACGUGUGCGUGCUUCGCAGCCUGCUGUGGCUCGGCCUGACCUUCUUCCAUCUGCCUAUGACGCCGCAGCACGGAUACAUCUACAUGGGCGACGGGACCCAGAACCUGAACCUUCCCUUCAUGCUGUGAAAAAGAAACAUUUUACACACCCUGCACGCGUUUGGAGUUAAGAAUUCUGUUGUUUCUGUUGUUCAGAUGAACCCUCGGAAUUAAAUCUAUGUUCACAUUUUCCACGACUGUUGCUCUCGUCUUAAAACAAAUAAAACUCAAAUGAAUACAGUCUU